UUGACAUUUUUCUUUCACUUUUUAAUUUGUAAUAACAAUGUGAAGUAAGCAAUAUAAUAUAGAAUCGAUUCAACAUAGCAAGGAGGAAAAUUUGUCAUUUUUCAAGUUUGGACACAAAUUAAAUUUUCUAGUAUUAAAAUUUAAGCAAAAUUCUGUAAGUGCGUUCAACAUGGCUAGGUGCAAACAAAAACAAAAUUUUAUGGACGAAAUGUAUAAAAUUAUAUGCGAAAUAGAAAGUUUGAAGCCCGAACCUGAGGUGUGCAACUUGAGCUGCCCUCCUCUAGGAUGUCCUCUAGGACCCUGUCCGGGGAUGUGUUGCUCAAAAGGAAUCUGCGAUCCUUGCUGCGUGUCGAAGAUGCCAUGUGACUCAUCAUCACUCCGUCCACCACGUGGUUGCAUGCCACGACGUUUAAAGGACUAUGCAUGUGGUACGGCUCCUUGUUAUCCUGCAGCUCUUCAGCCGAUGGACAUAAAUCGAGGAAAUCCAACUGCCCGGAAUGUUUGUCCUAUUCCUCAUGAUCAAUUAGGAUUCCAACAAACUUUCUGCCCUCCCCCUUAUAAUCUUAUAUCGACUGUAUCGCCCCAUAGCACUGCUGGAUCAGUGUUGUGUUGGAACGAAUAGUCAAGUCACGUCCGAAGAAAUAGUGUCUAUUACUUGUAUUACAAAAGAGUAUUUCUUAUUCCAUUAAAGAAAUUGAAACAAAGAAUGCGGAUUACUUAAAAAAAUUGUGCAUUUUAUUCUGCUGUCCUGUUCCUGUUAUUAUAAUCCUAUUGCAUGAUUUUUAUUUAGUCGGAUAUUCUAUGUAAUAAAACAGUAAUUUUAAUAAUUACAAAAAGAUAAUUAGAAAAUAGAAAAUGUGCUU